UUUGUUUUUAUCGUUUCUUUUCUUGAAGAUGGCAUUUGAAAAUCCGGCUAUCGUAAUCGAUAAUGGAAGCUACAUGAUAAAAGCUGGGUUUGCUUGUGAUAACCAUCCAGUCUCCAUGUUCAGAACUUUAGUUGGAAGACCAGAAAACGUGUAUGUUGAGCUUAAGACAGACUACUAUGAUGUUUAUGUAGGAAAUGAAGUAGUAGAGAGGAUAGAUGAUCUAGUAGUAAAUAAACCUGUGGUUAGAAGUUUGAUAGUAGACUGGGAUGACAUGGAAAGGGUAUGGUAUCAUAUCUUCUAUAAGGAACUAAGAGUUGCCCCGGAAGACAGAGCAGUUAUCAUGGGGGUCGCUUCAAAAAGUUCUAUGGAAGAAAGAAUCCAGUGCUUCGAAACAUCAUUUGAGACGCUGAACGUUCCCGCACUUUGCAUCCAAUCUCAGAGCGUAUUAGGUAUGUACGGGUCCGGUCUUACAACGGGCAUUUGUGUGGAUAUGGGUCACGAUACCACCAACGUAGUUCCCGUGUACGAGGCGCGGACGAUCAAAUAUGCACAAAUCGAAACUGGGGUGGCCGGCCGGCAGAUAUCCGAGUACAUGAGACGUUGUUUGCACGAGUGCUGCGAUCUCAAAUCGGCUACCGACAUGGAGGUUCUGAAGCGGACCUGCUACGUCACUAAGGAUUGUGCUAUGCCGAUAAAGGACUGUACCCGCAAGUAUAAGCUGCCCAGCGGGGAGGAGAUUGACGUGAGUAAUGAAUGUUUCAUGGCCGCGGAGAUGAUCUUCCAACCGGACUUGGUUAUAGGCGAGGAGACUGGUUACAUACCGUUGCACGAAGCGGUCGUCACCGCUGUUUCGAAGUGCGAUUCUGAGCUGCACUCUCAGCUGUACGACGGGAUUGUCCUCUGCGGUGGCUUGGCUAUGGUCAAGGGUACUGCUAAACGCUUGCACUGCGAGUUUGAGAACAAAGUGAACGAGCCUAUACAAAUCCGCCAGUCGCCUGAGUGCUAUGCUACUCCGUGGUUGGGAGGGGCCGUUUUCGCGGGCUUGGACGGCGCGAGGGACAUGUGGAUUGAAAAGGAGCAGUACGAGGAACAUGGGCAUAGAAUUAUAAAAAAUAAAAGGACAUUUUAG